AUGGUAUCUUUCAAGUUAGUGUGUAGUUUGUUAUGUGUGCUGGUCGCCGUUGAAUCUGCCACAGCCGCCGAAGAUGGAACCGUGCGUGCUCUGCGUAAAGUGUACAACCUCUGCCAAGAUAGUGACGAACUGCUGAAGUGUAUUAAAAUCCAAGGACUGAAGUUGACCGAUCGGGCAAUGAAAAUGUCAAACAUUAAGCUGAUUGAUGGAAUGUCGAUUGUAAAAAGUGUGCAUGGAGAGAACCAGCAGCGUGCCCUGAACGAACCCACGCUUAACGAACUCGAACUAAACAAAUUGUCCUCGGCCAAGAUCGACGAGCUGCUGUACCAACGCGCUGCUCGGUUCAUGGAUAGUCAUCAGCUUUCAUUGAACGUUCCUCGAAUGCUCGCCUCGGGACAGCAGGAAACCGGACGUCUAGUCGAGGAAGGACGGAAGAAAAUGAAGAAGUACCUCGGACCAUUCCUCGCUGCAAUGGCUAUCAAGGGAGGUAUCCUAACCAUGGUUUACCACUCCAUCGCUAUCGUUGCCGGUAAGGCUUUGAUCAUCGGUAAGAUCGCUCUGGUCAUCUCCGCCAUCAUUGGUCUUAAGAAACUGGUUACUCCGGAGGGACACGAAAAGACCACAUACGAAAUCGUGAAACACCCGCAUGUCCAGCAGAGCCAUACCUACUCGUCAAACCAUGGUGAAUUCGAUAAUCACGAGACGGGACAAUUCCACCGUAGCUUCGGAAACUCAGUCAGCAACGAUAUGCAAAUGCAGGACCGCGCAUACCGAGCCCAUGUUCCCAAAAACUAA